AUGAGUGUGAUAUCAAGGCAGUUAAUGCGAUCUGCAACUAGUCUAGUUGGAAGUUCAAAGUUUCCAGAAGUAACAUUUUCCGGCAUACAGCCAACUGGAAUUCCGCAUAUUGGAAAUUUUUUUGGGGCUCUUGAGAAAUGGGUUUCUCUUCAGCAAAGCGAUUUCGGGACUAAUACAGUGCUGUAUACAAUAGUUGAUUUACACGCUUUAACUGUUCCACAAGAUCCAAAACAAUUGAGAAAGAAUAAAAUAGAUAUGACGAUUUCAUUGUUAGCAUGUGGACUCGACCCAACAAGAAGUAUAAUAUUUGAACAAUCAAAGAUACCUGCACAUUCUGAAUGUGCAUGGAUACUUAAUUGUAUUACACCAGUAGGAUGGUUGUCUAGGAUGACUCAAUGGAAGACAAAAAGUCAACAGAAAAAAAAUAUACAAUCUAUUGAAGAAGUUGACACGUCAUCCGGGUUGUGCCUUGGACUAUUUGCAUAUCCCGUAUUACAGGCUGCAGAUAUACUACUUUACAAAUCGACACAUGUGCCAAUCGGUGAAGACAAUGUUCAACAUUUAGAAUUGGCUCGCGAUAUUGCGCAAAGGGUUAAUAAAUUAUGUAGUCAAGAGAUCUUUCCUUUACCUCAACCAAUUCUCG